AUGGGGGGUGUGGUGAGUCAAUAUUGGGUGAGGGAACAAGUAAACAAUGCUGGGUCUGGGUGUGACCUUUUCCAUGGAGAAUGGGUGUACGAUAGGUCCUACCCUCUCUACAUUUCAACAGACUGUCCCUUCAUUUUGAAGGAGUUUGAUUGCCAAAAGAAUGGUAGACCAGAUAAUGAGUAUCUCAAGUACAGAUGGCAGCCCACUUCAUGCGAUUUACCAAGGUUCGAUGGAAGAAGCUUUUUGGGAAGAUUUAGAGGGAAGCGCAUCCUAUUUGUAGGGGACUCAUUGAGCAUGAACCAAUGGCAGUCUCUCACAUGUUUGCUUCAUACAUCAGUGCCAGAAGCCAGCUACACCUUGUCCAAGGUUGGAGGUGUCUCCACAUUCAAGUUUCCAGCAUACGACGUUUCGAUCGUUCUGUCCCGCAAUGCCUUUCUGGUAGAUGUUGUGAAUGAUAGCAAUGGGCGUGUUCUAAUGCUUGACUCAAUUCAAAAUGGAAGUUAUUGGAGAACCUUUGAUGUCUUGGUCUUCAAUACAUGGCAUUGGUGGCUUCAUACUGGAAGAAAACAACCGUGGGCACAAGUUCGAUAUGGUGUGAAUAAUGCACACAAGGACAUUGAUCGCAUGAAGGCCUAUGAGAAAGCUUUGACGACAUGGGCUAGAUGGGUGGAAUCUAGUGUGGAUCCUAGUAAAACGAAGGUCUUCUUCCAAGGUGUUUCUCCGGAUCAUAUGAGGUAA